AUGCGCUUCGUCAACUUCCUUCUUCACGUCACUGUGGCCGUCUUUGCGGGAUGCGUUAAGGUCUCGUCAUCGCAACAGGCCGAAAUAAUUUCUGCUACCGUUAACGCAGUGAAUUCGUACGAGGCCGCCUCUCCGCUCGAGCGCGAUGUCAGUAGAAACUUGCGCAUUGCGGGAAAAGAUGAUGGUGAGACUGAUGGCCUAGCAGCGGCGGAUGAGGAGAGAAACACUUGGAGAACGACACUUGACGACUUGUUCAGCCCACUACUCCAACACAUUAAAGCACUUUUAACACGGACUCACGAACACACAUAUGAUGAGAACUUCGCCAAGGUACUCAAGAAAGCAGUGAACGAUGACGAGAUUGCUAAUGCACACUACGAAGCAUUGAUGAAAGAGCCUUGGGACAAGAAUGGAGUCUGGAAGGCUAUAAAGGGCGAUGGCAAGGGAUCGACUACAGAGCGCUAUGAAGCUUACUCAAAGUUGAUUCAAGCUCAAAUAUAUGACAGCAUUGAGAGGUUUUAUGGAAAACAGCAACAUACUGUGCUUCAAGAACUUAUCAACAAGAUGAACACAUCUCCGCUGGUCAAGAUAUACGCUGGAAUGUACGCGAAGGGAUCACCGGAAUAUAGAGCAGAUUUGAAAAAAGCCAUCUUGAACGACAAUGACCGAUUUUCAUUAAAUGGAGAGGAGGCCAUCGAAUUGAUGGAAAAGUUUGCAGGUUAUGCUUUUUAUGUGAGACAGGUACAAAAACGUGCAGUGCCGAAGCCAGCGGAAAAUGAUGAGCGGUAG